AUGAAACCAUUCUGCCCGAUCUUCUUCCUCUUCCUCCUCGCCUGGCUGGGCUCCAAGGCUGCCCCCUCAGCCUCACCGCCUGCGGGGAUGAGUGGCCCCUCUGAGACCUCCCCUAGCGCUUCUGAAAAUUCCACUCCCGACCAAGCUAACUCAGAGUCCCUUGAGACUUUUGAUUCGGAGUCCUCCAAGACACCCCAUACAGUUUCCCCUGAGACCUCCCCUGCUGACUUCACUGAGACCCCCAAUCCUGCCCUCCCGGAAACCCCACACCCAGAGCCCCAUGAAGCCCCCAGGCCUAGCACGUAUAAAAUCUCCAUCUCAGAGUCCCCGGAGACCACAAAACCUAACCUUUCCAGAACAACACACCCAGAACUUUCUGAGACCCCCAAAUCUUACCCCACUGAAACACCACAUCUAGGAUUCCUGGAGACCUCAAAACCUAAUCCCUCCAAAUCUUCACACCUAGAAUUUCCUGAGGCCCCAAACUCUGACCCUGCUGAAACUCCACACCAAGAGCCCUCUGAGAUCCCCAGACUGAACUCCACUGAAACCCUACACCCAGACCCUGACCCCACCAAGACCCUUGACUUCAAAACCCCAGAGACUCAUGACCCUGCCACCACUCAGACCCCAAACUCUGAAUUCCCCCAGACUACCCAUCUUGACCCUACUGAAACGCCCCAACCAGAAUCCCAUGCAACCCACAACCUCAGCCCCACUGAAAUUCCCAGAACCGAAUUCUCUACAGCUCAAUACCAAGAUGCAAAAGAGGGCCCCAUGACCUCCAACCCUGAACACUCCACUAAUCUUCAUGCGGACAUGUUUGCACCCACCAAGGAUAGAGCGACCGCCCUAAAAGAGGUGCUUCUGGAUCCCACACCAGAAACCCUUUCAGCCACCCAGCCUGGCUCCCCUAAAUUACCCGCCUUAGAUUCUCCAGGGACCCUUGAACCGAAGGUUCCUCAUAGGCCUGAUCCUAAAGGGCCGGAUGCCCCUCCUCCCUCAGCCCGGAUUGCGGGACCCCCUGCUCCUCCAGGGCCCCCCAAUGAGCCAAUUCCCGCCACUCCGCGGGCCCCCCAGCGGCGCAGCCGAGGGGAGAGAGUCAAUACUAUCAUCGUGGUGGAACGAGUGAAGGAGACCGGUGUGACUCUGGUGGGGCGCCCACGGGGCGUGGCGGGCGGGGCCCUGUGCCUGUUCCUCGCCGGGACCGGACUCCUGGUCGGCAUCUUUCUGCUGCUGUGGUGUCUCUACCGCCGGGCUGCUCGGCACCGGACCUUCGCGCACCACCGCCUCCCGGACGACGACGAGCCCGUUAUGCACCUGGACGCCCCGAAGGACCCCUACGACCUCUACUUCUAUGCGCCAGACGCCUGGGUCCCUUCGCACAUCGCUACCAAGCAACCGCCGCCCACCCCUCCGCUGCCACCCAAGCUGCCCCCGCCGCCCCGCGGGGGGCCCCCCCAGCGCCUGGAAACCCUCUCCCCUGCCACGCUCCCUAACAACUUCGUGUGA